AUGGGUCCAAGAAAUAAGAAGUCUAAUAACAGACAUCCAAACCAAAAUAACCAAAGUUGUAAGAACAAAACUAGAGGUGUUAAAAAACCAUCACAAUUAGAAAAUGCAGAUAAUAAUUCAUAUGAAAUUGAAUCAUCUAGAAAGCCAAAUGGACUGGAAAAAUCAAAUAUUUCUAAUCAACAAAAACAACUAAAAUCUUCAAUAGAAAAUAGUAACCAAAAUCAAAUUAUAACUAAGAAUAAUUUUAAAUUCGGAUACAAACGACUCGAAGAGUUAUGUUGUAAAGAUGCUUCUGAAAUUGUAUUUGUUAUGUCUAAUAAAAUGAACGGAUUCAUGGAUCUUUUUAAACAAAAUAAAGAACCAGAUUGGAUUUAUUUACUUAUGAAAGUUUCAGCUARGAUUUGUUCUACUGAAUUAAUACAAAACAAAUAUUUUUUACUAACAGAACUUAUGUGCAAUCAAUUUUUUGGUCAUCUAAAAACAUAUAUAUUGAACACACCRACUGAAAAAAACAUUAAGCGAUGCAGCAACAUGAAUACAUUUUUUAAAGAUUGUUUGGUUGUAUUCAGAUCUAUAAUUUUUUUAUUUCCAAAAACAGCAGAAGAAAAAUUAAAGGAAAUAAUAGUAAGUACUAAUAUUGCUCUAAAUGGUAUAAAAAGUUAUUGUAAUCACAUUAAAAUUGAUGAAGCAACUAUGAUUGAAAUGAAUGAUCUCUUACAAAAACUCAACGAUACUAAGUUGACAAAGGAAUUACAAUUGAAAGAAAAAUUAGUAAUUGAUAAUAUUGCCCAACUCAUGACUCCACUAGAAAAUUUUAGAGAGUUAACGUCAUAUCCAACUUCAAUUGAUCUAGAAUAUGGAGAACAAUUUUUGCGACCUAAUAUCACCAAAGGAGCUUAUCAGAAUGUUGAACACUAUUUAGAUGUUCAAUUUCGACUUUUACGUGAAGAUUUUAUUGCUCCAUUACGAGAAGGAAUACAAUUUUAUAAAAAAACAAUAAAUGAUGAUUGCCAUCAUCAACGUCGAAAAAAAAUAAAUAAUAUCCGCAUUUACCGUGACAUUGWAUUUGAAAAAAAAGGUGAAUUUGUUCGUGAUAAAUAUGGUUACCUGGUAAACUUUGACAAAAAAAAUAGAUUAAGAAUCAACUGGGAAAUGGCAAAACGAUUUAUGUAUGGUUCUUUAUUACUAUUUUCUGGAAAUAAUUUUAGAAGUUUUUUUAUGGGUAUUGUGUUGGAAAGAAAGAUUGAACUUUUAACAAAAGGAAAAUUAAUUGUGGAAUUAAUAGACGAUGCAAAACCAAUAUUUAAUACACCUCUGACCAUGGUAGAAAGUGAAGUAUUUUUUGAACCAUAUAAAUGUUCAAUGGAAGUUCUCAAAAAUAUUAACUGUCAUAAUUUCCCUAUGGAAAAGUAUAUAAUAUCAGCUUGUUCUAAAGUAGACUAUCCAUAUUAUUAUAUUGAUAAGUUACCUGAAAACACCUACUAUGCAAUUGAUGAUUUGGUUGAAUUUCAAGUACUGAGUCAAAAUGAUUGGCCUACUAAAGAACAGCUAGGACUUGAUGAAAUGCAAUUUGGAGCAUUUAGAGCAGCAUUAACUCAAGAAUUUACAGUUAUCCAAGGGCCACCAGGUACUGGAAAAACAUUCAUUGGUUUGAAAAUUAUGAAAACAAUUAUAAGUAAUUUAUAUAAGAAGCCAUUUCUCACAAAACCUAUUUUAGUAAUAUGUUACACAAAUCAUGCACUUGACCAAUUUAUGGAAGGCAUAUUGCGUUUUACAGACAAAGUUGUCAGAAUUGGAGGUCAAUCCAAGUCAAAAAUAAUUGAGGAAUAUAGUUUAAGGAAUAUAACUCGUAAGUACAGAAGAUCCAUAACUACUAAUAUAGGUCUUAGAAAUGUUGAAGAUAAAGUAAAAACAACUAUGGUUAAUAUAAAAUAUUUUAAGAAAUGUAGUGAAGUUGUAUCAUACAAUGCUGGAAUAUUAGAGUUAUCAUUAUUGAAAAAUGGUAUGCCUAAACAAUAUCAUAAUUUUUUUAAAACUACUUUAGACCUUCUAUCUUGGUUAUUUCAAGAUUUUGAUUAUUUUAAUGUAGACCCAAUCGGGUUUAUAACUGGAAUCAGAAAGGAAUUGAUCAAUAGGGUUUAUCAUUCAGAAAAAUUGUUACAAAUUAAAAAAGACUUUGAUUAUGAUGAUGAUGAUGUCAAGCAGUAUGAAUUAGAUUACUUGGAUCUAGAACAUAAUCAUAAAGAUAUUGUUAUUUAUAGUAUAACUUUAGAUGACAUAAAACAUGCUUGCAAACAACUACUCGAAGAGAGUAUUCAAUUAGAAAAUCUGUCAAAUGUUGAUGUAAACUACUUUAAUCAAUCUGAAGAAGCCAAAUUCAACUUUGAUGUGAUGGAAAAAAUACAUGAUUAUUUUGUAAAUAUGUUGAGUUUGGCUGAUGACAAUAUUGCACUUCCGCAUUCAACAAUAGAUUUAUACACACUUAAUAUGAAACUAAGAUGGCAUUUAUAUUUUCAUUGGGUAAAAAAAACAAAAGAGAUGUUUGAUCCUAAAAUAAUAAGUUAUGAACAAAAGUAUACACAAUUAUAUAAACAAUAUGCAGAACUUCGGGAAUUAGAAAAUGUGGAACUUUUAAAAAGGAUGCAUGUAAUAGCAUUAACUACUACUGGUGCUGCCAAACAUAGAAUAAUGCUGGAAGGACUAGAAUCCCCAAUAGUCGUUGUUGAAGAAGCUGCUGAAGUUUUGGAAGCACACAUUGUUGCAUCUUUAACAAGUCAUUGUCAACAUCUAAUAUUAAUUGGUGACCACAAGCAACUACGUCCUAGUAAUGCAGUUUAUAAAUUGGCAAAAGAUUUUAAUUUUGAUAUUUCGUUGUUUGAACGUAUGGUCAAUAAUGAUGUACCUUGUUACACGUUAGGUGAACAACAUAGAAUGCGCCCUGAAAUAGCAUCUCUUAUAACUCCAUCAAUAUAUGAUGAAUUGAAGAACCAUAUUUCUGUUUACAAUAGAGAACAUAUUCGUGGUGUUGCAAAAGAUAUAUAUUUUCUGAAUCAUAAUAUGUAUGAAAACGAAGUUGAGGAAAUUUCAAGCAAAAGUAAUGAACAUGAAGCUAGAUUUUUAAUUAUGUUUGCCAGGCAUUUAAUAUUACAAGGAUAUAAAACUGAUCAAGUUACAAUUUUAACAACUUACAGUGGUCAAUUAUUUUUAAUUCGAUCGUAUUAUUUAUCAAAAUCUAUUUUCUGUAGAUCCUGCAUUUAUAAUCAUCCAUGUGAAAAAAUAUGUUUUAUGGAUUGCGGAAAGUGUACUGUGUCAAUGAUCAGAGAAUUACCAUGUGGUCACCAAAUGACAUUACAAUGUUAUGUAGAUGUUCUUACUUUUCCAUGUGAAGAAAUGGUAGAAACAGUACUAKAAAAAUGUGGUCAUAGAAUUACAAAAAAAUGUCAUGACCAAAAACCUAGUUGUUCAUAUAAAUGUAUGGAUCGAUUAGAUUGUGGUCAUGCUUGUGAAAAAAAUUGUCAUAAGGAUGAUGAUCCUGAUCAUGAAGAGUAUAAAUGCUUAAAGCCUUGUGAAAAUAUUAACAAAAAGUGCUCUUUAAAUCAUAAAUGUCAAAAGAUGUGUUAUGAAGAUUGUUUGUUAUGUACUGUUAAAGUAAAGAAAGUUUUGCUUUGUGAACACAUUAAGAAUGAUGUUCCUUGUGGAUUAAAUAUUGAUGAUAUUAAAUGUAUUCUACCAUGUGAUCGUACAUUAAAGUGUGACCAUAAGUGUCAAUCUAAAUGCUAUGAAAAAUGUAAGCCUUGUGAAAAUCAAGUAUCGAAAGUUAUUCCCGACUGUGGCCAUUCAAUCACAACGAAAUGUAAAACUGUACCAGUACGUAAGCUUUGUACUAAGAAAUGUGAAAGAAUUUUAGAAUGUGGGCAUUURUGUAAAAAGUUAUGUGCAGAUGAGUGUAUAAAUACAGACUGUGAAGAAAUAAUUUUGCAAAAAAGUAGUAAACUUGCUUGUGGUCAUAACAGUUUUUGGGUUUUAUGUCGCGAUAAAUAUAAAGAGUUCAGAAUGGAUGACCAAUAUCUACUUGAUAAGUGUCGUGAACCAUGUUUACGGAAAUUAAAUUGUAAAGAUAUUUGUAUGGGAACAUGUGGAGAAUGUAAACAGGGACGUUUACAUGUACCUUGUAGUGAGAUUUGCAACAAGAUAAACCCAUGCAAUCAUACAUGUAAAUUUCCGUGCAAGGAACGGUGUCCACCGUGUAAUCAGAAAUGCAUCUAUUCUUGUGUGCAUUCUAGAUGCAAUAAGGUGUGUGGUAAACCAUGUGUACCGUGCAAGGAAAAAUGUGAGUGGAAGUGUAAACAUUUGAAAUGCACCAGAAAAUGUUAUGAAAUAUGUAAUCGAAGACCUUGUUAUGAGUCUUGCACAUUAAAGUUGAAAUGUGGGCAUGAGUGUAUUGGUUAUUGUGGUGAACCAUGUCCUCCUUUAUGUCGCAUUUGUCAAGAAGACGAAGUUACAACAAUAGUUUUUGGCAAUGAAGAUGAACCAAACGCCAGGUUUAUUUAUUUAGAAGAUUGUGAACACAGUAUAGAGUCAGAUGCUUUAACAAAAUGGAUGAACCAAAACGAUGAAGAAAUAUGUUUGAAACAGUGUCCGCUGUGUAAAACACCAAUUUUAAAAACCCAACGUUUUAUGAACCAAGUAAAAGUUAUACUAGAUGAUGUAUCAAAAAUAAAAACAAAACAGUAUGGAGAAAUAGCUGAAAUUCGUAGCAAAACAAAAUCAGUUAUUAAAUCACUAAGAUCCUUGGAUACAAAUUUUAUUUCAAAUUAUGUUGGUAAUAAUAAUCGUAGUAUCAAACUAUUAUGGAAUACAUUUUACAAACCUUUAUUAAGAUCCUUGGGUAAUAAACGUUCAAAGUUCACUUUACCUGCCAAGGACAUUGAAUCAUUGAAUUUUGUCAUUGCUUUGUUUACAAAGAUUUCAACAUUUAAAAAUAGAAUUAAAGAAAUCAAAGAUGACCAAAAAAGACAAACUAUUAUUAAUCACUUUGAUUGGAUUAUUUCUGUUGCUUUCACUUAUGCCCAGCAAUUAUCAAAUCAGCAAAAAUGUGAUAUAGGCAUUGAAAUGGCACGUGGUUCAAGAAUUUUAAAUUUGUAUGAGAUCAUGUCUAAUACAAAAUAUCAGACGGCAGUUACAAUGCAAACUUCUGAUACAAAUGAAAUUAAAAAAAAAGUAGAAAACAUGGAGACAUUAUUAUUGUCAUGCAGCAUUUACACACCAAGCAGGGACCAGGAUAUACAGAAUUUAACAGAAGAAAUCCAACAAAAAAUUGACGAUCUUCCUUUAAUAACAGAUGAUGAAAGACGAAUGAUUCAUGCUGCUAUGUCCAUCAGUUUUUCAGGAGGCAUUAAAGCUCAGGGACAUUGGUGUAAAUGUCCAAAUGGUCACAUUUAUUGUGUUACAGAAUGUGGAGGGCCAAUGCAGAAGUCAAUUUGUCCUGAAUGCAAAGUAGAAAUUGGGGGAGACAGUCAUCGACAUGUUUCAGGGAUUACCGUAGCAUCAGAGAUGGAUGGCGCUAGAAACCUUCAGUUUCAGUAA